AAUUCCCGAAGCGAAGAGAAGCGAAGCCGAGUGGAAGAAGGGAGAAGUGGAGAACUCCGUUUCCGCCUCCUGCCUCGGAGUUCGACGCCUUCACUGAGUCGAGAUCUCCAAAUUCUAACCCUAAUCAUCGACCAAUGCUCUUCCCUCCUCUCAAAACCCCUGCUUGAUUUGUGACGGCGCUCAAGAUCUGCUGCUACGAUGAGGAAAUUUGCGGCAGGAAUUUGGAUCCUAUUGAUGAUUCUUUCAAUGCUCUCGACUCCCUCUGAAUCGGCCGUUUCCAGCAUCGAUCUCGGCUCCGAAUGGAUGAAGGUGGCCGUCGUCAACCUCAAGUCCGGCCAGAGCCCAAUCUCAAUCGCCAUCAACGAAAUGUCCAAGCGAAAGUCACCGGCCCUCGUCGCCUUUAGUGGAGGCAACCGCCUUGUUGGCGAGGAGGCCGCUGGGAUCGUCGCCCGGUACCCCGACAAGGUCUACUCCUUCGUCCGCGACAUGAUCGGGAAACCUUACGAGUAUGUAAAGGUUCUCGCCGAGUCGUUCUACCUCCCCUACGACCUCGUCGAAGACUCAAGGGGGGCUGCUAGUAUCCGAAUCGAUGACGGGGUGACCGUGUAUAGCGCAGAAGAGUUGCUCGCGAUGAUUCUUGGCUAUGGAAUUAGCUUAGCGGAGUCCCACGCGAGGGUCCCUGUGAAAGAUGCUGUAAUUGCGGUGCCACCGUUCUUUGGCCAGGCGGAAAGGAGAGGAUUAAUUCAGGCGGCUCAACUGGCAGGGAUCAAUGUGCUUUCGCUGAUUAACGAGCACGCUGGAGCAGCUUUGCAGUACGGCAUUGAUAAGGAUUUCUCCAACGAUUCACGACAUGUGAUAUUCUAUGAUAUGGGAUCCAGUAGUACUUACGCUGCUCUAGUUUACUUCUCGGCAUACAGUACCAAGGAGUUCGGGAGGACGGUCUCGGUUAAUCAGUUCCAGGUAAAAGAUGUUAGAUGGGAUGCUAAACUUGGAGGACAAGAUAUGGAAUUGAGGCUAGUGGAGUACUUUGCUGAUGAGUUCAAUAAGCAAUUAGGAAGUGACAUUGAUGUGAGGAAGUCUCCUAAGGCAAUGGCUAAAUUGAAGAAGCAAGUCAAGCGGACCAAGGAAAUUUUGAGUGCUAAUACAGCCGCGCCAAUUUCUGUUGAAUCCCUCUUAGAUGAUAUUGAUUUCAGAAGCACCAUAUCACGGGAGAAGUUUGAAGAGCUUUGUUCAGACUUAUGGGAGAGAGCACUUGUUCCAGUCAAGGAAGUGUUAAAACAUUCUGGUCUGACACUAAAUGAAAUAUAUGCCGUGGAGCUGGUUGGUGGAGCCACUCGUGUGCCAAGGUUACAGGCUAAGCUCCAAGAAUUUCUAGGAAGGAAUGAUCUGGACAAGCAUCUUGAUGCUGAUGAAGCAAUAGUUCUUGGUGCAUCGUUGAAUGCUGCAAACUUGAGUGAUGGAAUCAAAUUGAAUCGUAAGUUGGGAAUGAUUGAUGGAUCUUCUUAUGGCUUUUUGCUUGAACUAAAUGGUCCAGAACUUUUGGAAGAAAAUACUGAUACACUAUUUAUUCCACGGUUGAAGAAAAUGCCAGUCAAGUUAUUUAGGUCUUUCAAACAUGACAAGGAUUUUGAAGCUUCACUCAGCUAUGAUAAAGCAGGUGAACUGCCUCCAGGAGUUUCUUCGUAUAAAUUUGCAGAAUAUUCAAUAUUGGGUCUGUCUGAAGCCAGUGAAAAGUAUUCAACUCGCAACAUCUCCUCUCCCAUCAAAGCCAAUCUGCAUUUUUCUUUGAGCAGAAGUGGAAUUUUAUCCCUUGAUCACGCAGAUGCAGCCAUUGAGAUAUCUGAGUGGGUAGAAGUUCCAAAGAAAAACAGUACAACCAAUAAUUCCACUGGCAGUUUUAAUUCAUCUUCUGAAACCAGCACAGAAGCUAUUUCACAGGAUAGUGCAGAAACCUUGAAGGUUGCUGAGGAUAACAAUAUUUCAUCUAACUCUACUGAGUCUGAGAAAGAAGCAAUUAUUGUUACUGAAAAAAUAUUGAAGAAGAAAACCUUUAGGGUUCCCUUGAAGGUAGUGGAAAAAAAUUUAGGUCCUGGAUCGAAUCUUCUUAAAGAUUCAUUUUUGGAGGCUAAGGUGAGAUUGGAAACACUUGACAAAAAAGAUGCUGAAAGAAGGAGAACAGCAGAGCUUAAAAAUAGCCUCGAAGAGUAUAUAUAUUCUACAAGAGAAAAGAUAGAAGACAAUGCUGAAGUUGAGAAAGUUUCAUCUGAAGAAGAGCGCCAUUCCUUUGCAGACAAACUUAGUGAAGUACAAGAAUGGUUGUAUACGGAUGGCGAGGAUGCUUCAGUGAAUGAAUUCAAAGAGCGUCUGGAAUUACUUAAAGCCAUUGGCGACCCAAUAUUUUUCAGGUUGAAUGAGUUAAAUGCACGACCAAUUGCUAGUGAACAUGCCCGAGUGCUUCUCAAUGAACUUCAAAAGAUUGUAAAUAACUGGGAAACAAAUAAGCCAUGGAUUCCUAGAGACAGAAUUGAGGAGGUAUGGAGUGAAGCAGAAAAGCUAAAGAAUUGGCUGGAAGAGAAGGAGGAGCUACAAAAAAAGACCUCCGUUUUAGUCGCACCGAUUUUCACGUCAGAAGAAGUAUAUCACAAAGUGAACAAGCUUCAGGAUAAGAUUGCGAGUGUUAAUAGAAUUCUGAAGCCGAAGCCAAAACCUAAAAUUGAGAAACCCACAAAGGAAGAAACAGUAAGCCAGGAUAACAACACAAGCACCUCAGGUGCUACCUCUGAUGAGCCACCAUCUGAAACAGAGCAAAUUAAUGAUUCUGUUGAUGUAUCCAAUUCUGAAACUGACCAAGAAAGUGCCCAUGACGAGUUAUGACUUAUGAGCAUCUCAACCAGCUGCAAAUCAAGUUGAAUUGAUAUCUGUUCAACUUACAGCAACAUUAGAGUAUCGCCUGAUGAUAUACGCAUAAUUUUGUAGCAGCGAUCAAUUUCUUCUCUUAUAGCAACUAAAUGGCUUUUUGGUUUUUACAGUAGAGAAAGGAAUGUGUUCUGCAGCAUGCCAUUUAUAGAUGAUGUGGGUGUCAGUAUUGCAUCUAAUGGCCAAGAGCCCCAUCAUGAUUAAGAUCCCAUUUUUGCAAUGCUUUAGGUUUUUGUUUGAAUUUUAAUUUUUUCCUUAACGCCUGAAUGGCUCCAGAAAGGACAUGGACUUGAGCUUUCCUAUUGUUCACUUGUGCUAAUUAUCCCCACUUUGUAGAUGGUUUAUACCGUACUUGAAACUAUAGAUCAUAAAGACAUACAAGAGUUUUGUGGCAUU